AUGGCUGUGUGGGGGCUCCCUUUGCUGGUGGUGCUUUUGCUGGCGACAACUGGUGUGAAUGCCAGAGCCCUGACCGAGCGGCGCCAGGUGGCACAGAGUGGGGCGACUGCGGUCUUCAUUGAUGAGAUUCACUGGGAGAACGCGAUUCUUGACUUUGGGGAGGCUGUUGAGGUCUUUGGGCCUCUGGGGCUGGACAUUGCCGGGUACGUCCUGACGCGCUACGCGGGUUUCCUCAACGAUGUGGGCCAGGCGUGUAACACCCCUGACUGCAUUGCGGCUGGGUAUGAGUUCACCUUCCCUCCAAACACCAUCCUCACCGACCCAGACAAUACCGGGUCUGGGGCUGGCACCGUGGUGGUUGUCUUCCCCCCGGAGGGCCUCCCAAACGUCGGUGCCCAGAUUUCGCUUUCGGACACCACCGGACAGGUCCUGGACUACCUGACGUAUGCCUCGCUGGGAAGCCUUGCGCGCACAACUCCCGCGUCCGUGGGUGCCGCCCUUGGGCUCACUCCUGACGUCGUCACCACCCAAGAGAGCGGCUCCGCCCCUGCGGGCCUGUCGGUGCAGCGCACCGGGGCCACCACGUGGCGGGAUCCCCCUGGCAACAACACGUUCGGCAAGGUCUACCCGGAUUACAUCACCGCCGACCAAAUACCCUUGUGCCGCGUUCUCGCGGACGGGAGCAUCGCAUACGCCGCUAACGGGAAUUUCUCCUGCGGAGCAUUCCAGAGCACCGUCUACGUUUCGCCGGUGACCCAGCCCCCCAAGUGGGCGGAUGGGCCCCGGAUCAUCGGGCCUGGAAAGCUGCCCGAUGCCGCGGCGACAGCAGCUCUCCUCGCAGACACCGGAUUUCAAGGAACCCCCGCGGCCACUCCUGCCCCGACCACCCCGGCCCCCACCACCCCCGCCCCGACGUUCCGCGUUCCGUGCCCGACUUCCCCGGUCGGCGGAAUCUGCGACUUCCAGGGACCAACACCCAAUCAGUGCUUCAACGCCGCCGGCAACCGCUUCAUCUGCUGCGCGACCGUGUGCUCGAACACCCCGGGCGGGGACCCCGUUUGCGGCCCUGCCGAGCCCGGCUGCUUCGCCACGGCCACCCCGGCCCCGACCACCGGUACCCCCGGGCCGACAACUUCCGCCCCGGCUCCUACCACCGAGCCCAUUUCUACCCCCGGGCCGACAACUUCUGCCCCGGUUUCUACAACUGAGCCCACUUCGACCCCGGCUCCUACCACUGGUGGGCCGACCUCUACCCCGGUUCCUACAACCGUGCCGACUUCUACGCCGGGCCCUACGGCCACCCCGAGCAGUACCCCCGCGCCCACCACGCCGGGCCCCACCGCCACCCCCCAGAUCCAGCCCGUGGGGGGUACAUGCGACCCGUACGGGCCGACCCCCAAUCAGUGCUUUGCUUCCAACGGACAGACUUACGUCUGCUGCCAGACCGCCUGCAGCCCGGAGGCUCCCGGCCAAUUUCCCAAAUGCGUUUAA